GGAGUCUCGCCCUGUCGCCCCGGCUGGAGUGCAGUGGAGCUGCUCAGCUCACUGCAACCUCUGACUCCCUGGUUAAAGCGAUUCCAGGAUAAUCUAUUUCAACACCAGAUAAUUAACAACCUUAAUUCCCAUUUCCUAUGCAAGCUAACAUAUUCACAGCUUCUGGUGUUUAGGCUGUGGACAUCUUUGAGGGGCUAUUAUUCUGCCUACCAUAGGUAAUAAGGAGGAGCUAAUACUAAGAGGAAAAGAGGCCCAAAGAGGAAAGGGUGUGAACGCACUGAUAAGGGCAAUGGGGAGCCAGUGCAAGUUUCUGAGGCUUUCAAAUUCUUAUUUUUUUGAAAUAAGCUUUGGUUGCAGCUGAGAAAACUGAACAGGCAUAAUUGGGGAGGCCACCAUUACAGUUGAGAUGAGAGGGUGUAAGCUAGAGAUGGCAGAGCUAAAUCGUUUUCUUUGGUCCAAAGCUGCCUAUGCCUUUUUCUAAGUGUUUUCCAACAGAAUUCAUGAGAUCAUUCCGCAGGAUCUCAGCUAGUGCAGUUUCUGAUAACUUGGCCGAAUUUGUUCAGUAGCUGCUGCAACGGAGGGCUUAAAUCUUUCAUCUACACUUAACAAGGGGAGCCCGGAAAAGUGGCAAAACCCUAGUUAGCUAGGCUGAGGCUCGCAGAGACCUAGGCAUCUAAUUUUUUAACGGUCCAAAUUGCAGGGAAAGCGAGCACUCCCUGUUCUUAAAGUUUUCCCUCAACACGGAGACAACACUAAAAAGCUGUGCCUCGUGAGGGCUGAAAGUCCUGUUUUCUCCCUAGCUUCGGUGAACAAAGCCUGACGGCUCCCCCGCGUCCAACAAAGACAACGCUCUUCCGGUCUUCGUGACCCACCCCGUGAGCAGCCCAAACCCGCCACCGUCCUCCCCCAGCUCCCACCAAUCGGAUCGCAGGGACUCGAGCCCCGCAAUGCUGAGUCCGCUGACACUGUGUCCGCGGCCAGACGACGAUAUCAGCGCGGGGUCACCACAACGCCAUGGGGCAGAGCCAACUCUCGAGCGCGUGACCGAAGCCUGCAGUUUUUCGCCUCCGUCACUUCCGGGUGCGACAAUCUCUUCUGUCCGGCCAGCCACUGGAGUCGUUAGGUGCCUCCUUCUUGCUUCUGACGAGCCACACGUUUGCCCCUUCCCUCUGUUCCCAGCUGGAGGGACAUGAGUGUCCCUGGGCCGUCGUCUCCGGACGGGGCCCUGACACGGCCACCCUACUGCCUGGAGGCCGGGGAGCCGACGCCUGGUUUAAGUGACACUUCUCCAGAUGAAGGGUUGAUAGAGGACUUGACCAUAGAAGACAAGGCUGUGGAGCAGCUGGCAGAAGGAUUGCUUUCUCACUAUUUGCCAGAUCUGCAGAGAUCGAAACAAGCGCUGCAGGAACUCACACAGAACCAAGUUGUAUUGUUAGACACACUGGAACAAGAGAUUUCAAAAUUUAAAGAAUGUCAUUCUAUGUUGGAUAUUAAUGCUUUGUUUGCUGAGGCUAAACACUAUCAUGCCAAGUUGGUGAAUAUAAGAAAAGAGAUGCUGAUGCUUCAUGAAAAAACAUCAAAGUUAAAAAAAAGAGCACUUAAACUGCAGCAGAAGAGGCAAAAAGAAGAGUUGGAAAGGGAGCAGCAACGAGAGAAGGAGUUUGAAAGAGAAAAGCAGUUAACUGCCAGACCAGCCAAAAGGACGUGAAAAGUUGUGUUUGUGUGUUUCCUUUUCCUGUCCCAUAUUUGGGUUAUGAUGACUCAAGUGUAGACUGAAGUUGAGGUGGUGCCUUACGCCAUUAUGUCGUAUGUUGAAAUCCUUAUUCCGGUGUUACUGUGUCUCCAUGCCUUUUUUCCAAGUAGCAGACGUCAUGUUGCUUGGUUUUUGAUAUUUAUAUGUAAGUUUUUCAAAUUUUGUUUAAUUUUAAAAUUUAUUAUUUUGAUCUUGAAUUAUUUAUAAACUGGAAAGUGGUUUGAUUAUUGUGAGUCAAAACUCUAAUUGGUUAAAAAUUAGUGUGAAUUUUUUAGCUUCUUAAUGAAUACAGAUUUAAAACUCUCCAGUUCUUAUUUUAUGAAAUGACUUGCCUUUCUGAUAAUACAAUGCUGAUUUUUUAGUAAUUGCCUUUUCAUUACUUUGUUAAGAAGAAAUGCCAGCUGUUUAAUCACACCUACCCCUGGAAAAGAGGUAAGCCUUUUGAACAGUUGAAUUUCAUCAGAAGCUCUAUAGCUUUUUGGUGAGAGGAAGUGAUACUCUUUAUUAUAAGAAACAAGGAAUUAACAAAAAUAAGGAACUUGUUGCUACCUUUCUUUUCUGUUGAACAUUAAAAAUAGUUUGGUUUGUGGACUGGCCAUGGUGGCUUAUGGAAAAGAGCCUUUGUGAAGAACAUAAUGGAAAAGUGCAUGCACGGGAAAUAACAGCACUUUAGGUGUAGUUCAGGUGAGCAAGAUGCCAGAUAGAUUCUACUAACCAUAUACUCUCUCUGCUUCUUAGCGUCGUUGUCACUGCUUCUGUGGCUUUUGGGUUCACAGUAGAUUAUAUAUAUUCCUAAAGCUUGGUGGAGGUGGCGGAGCUAUCACACACUCAAAUGAGCUUGUAUAUUUAUAAUACAAUGUAGUAUUAUAGUAACAGUUAUCAUACACUGAGAUAUAGUUUCUGUGCUUGUAAAAAAUUCUUGAAGUGAGGCUGGGCGCAGUGGCUCAUGCCUGUAAUCCCAACACUUUGGGAGGCUGAGGCAGGCGGAUCACAUGGUCAAAAGAUUGAGACCAUCCUGGCCAACAUGGUGAAACCCCAUCUCUACUAGAAAUACAAAAAUUAGCUGGGUGUGGUGGCGUGCGCCUGUAGUCCCAGCUACUUGGGAGGCUGAGGCAGGAGAAUCGCUUGAACCCGGGAGGCAGAGGUUGCAGUGAGCCAAGAUUGUGCCACUGCACUCCAGCCUUGGUGACAGAGCAAGACUCUGUCUCAAAAAAAAAAAAAAAGAAAAGAAAAUUUCUUGAAGUGGAAUGAUGUACACCAACUACCCACUUUAUAGAUAAUUACAGGGAUGGUGAAGAAUUAGUAAAUAGCUUCACAAAAGAGGCAGCAUGAUACCUUUAGUGUUUUCUAGAAUUUUUUUCUGGAUAUUAUAUGUAAGAAUUUAUUGUUUGAGGGAAAUAUGAGGUUUCAUUGUUUAAAAUCAAGAGUGUAUUGUUUACUGUUUUACAGUAUUAUUUAAUAUCCAACUGGUCUCCAAUCUCCAUUACAUAGGGACUGUACAGAGCCUGUGAAGAUGUAUCAAUGGUAUCUUUUAUAAUCCACAGUACAUUUUUGGUAAGAUGGAAUCACUACCUCUGAUCACAUAUCAGGCUAACAAUGGAGAAAGCAUUAGGUUUAAGUUGAAGCUAAGAACUGGUUUGUUUAAAGGUUUAAAUUGUUGGAAAGAGCAUUUGCCUUCUUUAAUGAAUGAUGGUGUCACAAUUCAGUUGACUUUGACCUAAUAUUUAAGAAUAUAAAUAUAUUUUAUUUGAAAGGCUGAGUGUUGCCCUCAAACACUUGCUAAAACUGCCUAGGGCAGGAUUCAUUAGGGCUUGCAGACAAUGUCACCUAAAUUGCUGAAUGUACUCAUCAUAAUAUGAUAUCUGACAAAGGUAGUACAGUGUUUCUGAGUCAUUUGGGACCAACUGCAGUGGUUGUUUAAAAUGCUGGUUCCUGCACACAAUUCUCUAUUUACUGAAGCACAUCUGUUUUGUUUGUUUGUUUUGCUUUGCUUUUUGUUUUUAAAGUUUCGCCAGUGAUUCCAGUGCACCUGAAAAGUUGAGAACCACAGGCUUAGUGGUAGGCUGGGGUUUCCCACACUAGGCUGCAUAGUAUUAUCACCUGGGAACGUUAAAAAAAAUGCAGACAUUCUCGAUUCUUAGUGUAGUUAUGAUGUGGAUCCCAUGUAUUUUUUAAAAAGCUCUCCAGAUAAUUUUGAUGUCACGAGUCACUAGUAUAGAUUAUCUACCUAGUGAGUUGUAUUAUAAGCAAUGAAAUACUUUAAAAGCUACCCAGUAACUCUUGGGAUUAAUAAAUUCUGAGCUGCUGCUUUUGAUAUAUAGUCAGACUUAAGACUGAAUCCCAGUAGACAGGCAAUAGAUACAGAAUUCUGGUUAGUUAAUUGAACUUUUGUGACCUGUUUAAAAACAAAUCAAAUUUAUUGAACAAAUGACAAGGCACAAAUACUUUCAGAAUUGUAUUUCAGUUUUGAAGAUUUAAAAAAAUGUGAAAAUAAAUAUAUAUUACUAUCCUCUAUUUUAAAGUCAAUUGUAAACCAGAAGUACUGUUUCUUUGGUGAUUAAAAUCCAAACCUUUAGCUGUAUUUCAGUAACAAAAACAUACCUUACUAGACUGUGAUGACUCACACCUGUAAUCCCAGUGCUUUGGGAGGCUGAGGUGGGAAGAUUCUUUGAGUCCAGGAGUUCAAGGCUGCAGUGAAUUCUGAUCGCACCACUAAACUCCAGCCCAUAUGACAGAAUGAGACCCUGUUUCUAAAAACAAGACAAACAAACAAACAACGUAUCUUACUGACUAAACUGGAAUGGAACUUUUAUAAUUAGUGUUAUAUUUUUCUGCAAAAUAGUGAAUUGGUACUUGGGAGACUUCUGUUUUUUGUUGAAAAAAAUUGCCUUUGUUUUGAAAUUAUAUCACUUGUGUUCUGAACUAAAAUGAUGGGAGUUCAUUUUGUAUUUACUUUGCAGUAAGUAUCAUGUAAAUAUGCAAAUGUUGAAUGUCAUAUAGAUUGUGUCCUCAUUGAGUUUUUGGGUGAUACAGUUUAUAAAUAUAACAAUUAUACACCCUCAUACAUUCAUCUGAUUUUGAGCUUGUAAGAUGAGAACUGCUUUUUACACAUUUAAUAAAAAAAGGUCUCUGAA